UGGCUUAAUUUCUCUCUUGAUCCCGCCCCUGAGGCCGGCUCCGUGCUAUCAUUGGGUCGCAGCUACUAUGUCUGCGCUGCGAACUCUUCUGCUUCUGCUGCUACCUCUGUAUCCUGGUCUUGGUCCUGGAACCGGGAGCGAGGCAAAGGUCACCAGGAGUUGCACUGAGACCCGGCAAAUUCUGGGGGCCCGGGGAUAUAGCUUAAGCCUACUCCCUCCCGCCCUGAUCUCAGGUGAGCAUCUCCGGGUCUGUCCCCAAGAAUAUACAUGCUGUUCCAGUGAGAUAGAGGAGAGGCUGACCUGGGACACUGAGGCUACCUUCCGAGGCCUGGUGGAGGAGAGUGGCUCCUUCCUGGUUCACACAUUGGCUACCCGGCAUAGAACAUUUGAUGAGGUUUUUCGGGACAUGCUCUCGUCAGCUGAGCACUCCCUGGCCCUGCUCUUCCACCGCUCCUAUGGCCGCCUGUAUUCCCAGCAUACUCCCUUAUUCAGUGGCCUGUUCUCUAGGCUGCGGGACUACUAUGAGAAGUCCGGUGAGGGGUUAGAUGAUGCCUUGGUGGAUUUCUGGGCGCAGGUCCUGGAGAAAAUGUUCCCCCUGCUGCACCCACAGUACAUCUUCUCCCCUGAAUACCUGUUCUGCCUCACGCGCCUUGCUUCCUCUGCUGAUGACUCUCUGAAGCUUUUUGGGGACUCACCCCGUCGCCUCCGCCUGCAGAUAACCCGGGCCAUGGUGGCUGCCCGGACCUUUAUCCAGGGCCUGGAGACUGGAAGAAAUGUGGUCAGUGAAACGCUUAAGGUGCCCAUGUCCGAUGGCUGCAGGCGGGCUGUGAUGCGUCUGACUGGCUGCCCCUUUUGUCGGGGGGUUCCCUUGCUGCCUCCUUGCCGGGGUUUCUGCCUCAACGUGGCCCAUGGCUGUCUCAGCAGCCAGGGAUUGGACCCUGACUGGGGGGCCUAUCUGGAUGGUCUCCUGUUACUGGCUGAGAAGAUCCAGGGCCCCUUUUCCUUUGAGCUGGCAGCCCAGGCCAUUGGGGUGAAGAUCUCAGAAGGUUUGAUGUACUUGCAGGAAAACAGUGUGGGGCUGUCCGCUCAGGUAUUUCAGGAAUGUGGCGUCCCCCCAAAGGCGAUGACCCGUGCCCGCCGAGCCCCAGCACCAGUAGAAGAGGUGGGCCGAUUGUGGACAGCAGGGGCAGAGGAGGAGCUGCCAACAACAGCAGCAGCCAUGUUGCCCCGAAUGGUGUGGGAGCUGCGUGAAAGGUUGGGCCGGGUCCGGGGCUUCUGGGCCGGGCUGCCCCUGGCGGUGUGUGGGGACCCCCGUAUGGCAGCGGACAUCGCACAGGAGGCAGCACCCUGCUGGACCGGAACCGGGCGGGGCCGGUACUUGUUGCCCGUGGUUGGAGCCUCCCUGACAGAGCAACUCAACAAUCCAGAGGUGCGUGUAGAAGCCUCAAACCCUGACCUUCAGUCUCGGAUGCGGCGGCUGCAGCUCCGGUCAGCCACAAUCAGGAUGAAGGCAGCCGCCCUGGGACGUGACCUGGACCUCGAGGACUGGGAUGAGGAUGCCAGCGGCUCUGGAGAAGGACAGCACUAUGCAGAUGACUGGAUGGCCGGGGCAGCAGCUGUGGGGCCCCCAGCCCGGCCUCCUCGCCCUCCUGGCCGCAAAGGAGGUUUCAUCAUCCGCCAAAACCAGGGCAGGAGCAGGACUGGGGGGACAUCUGUGGGUUUUCACACCCAACCCAUUCUCAUUCUCUUCUUCUCAGCCCUGGCCCUGCUUGGACCUCGAUAA